UAUAGUAAGCAAACGAUGCUACAGCAGAGGGCGCUACUAGAAAAACAUGCCGAGAGUGAUUUUACAAUCGUUAAUAUCCGCUGUAAUUCGGGUAAUUCUUCACGAACAUUUUUGGGAGAGGGAAAUGUCGGCAGCGGCGUUCUCAGGUUGCCAGGCAACCGUAAACCCGCCCCCUCUGCUAAUCAGAGGCAGAACAACAUGGCAGCGGCGGCGCCACCACCUCCUCCACCGGCAGCAGGUUUUCCGAACAAAAACAGAGUUGCUAUUUUAGCAGAACUCGACAAAGAGAAGAGGAAAUUACUUCUGCAGAAUCAGUCUGGAACCAACAGCCCAGGUGCAAGCAUAGCCCUCUCAAGACCAAAUGUCAACAAGGAUUUCCGUGACCAUGCAGAGCAACAGCAUAUAGCUGCCCAGCAAAAGGCAGCACUUCAGCAUGCUCAUGCACAUUCCUCAGGAUACUUCAUAACUCAAGAUUCUGCUUUUGGAAAUCUAAUUCUCCCAGUUAUCCCACGUUUGGAAGCUGAAUGACAGUCACCAUCAUCUUCCAGAGACAGCGUUUGCAGCAAAUAUUAUAUGAAAUUGCUGAGGACUCUGUUUAACAAUUGUACAUAUUCGUUCAUGUUAGUCAUGUGAGACUGGCACUAUUCUAACAAAAUUUGACUUACAAACCAACAGAUCAUAAGAAGCUUGGUGACUGGAAUGCAAGGACUCACAUUUUUUCCAUUGUUCUUUUGAAAUAAAAAUGAACUUGCUUUGUUUUGUA